AUGAGCAGCCUCACCCUCCCAUACCGACCUUCAGACGAUACUGCUGCUAUUUCGUUCUCCAAAACAAACGGCUUACCCCGAUUAUCCCCAUCGCCGUCCUUCUCCCACGCCCGGACCCCGAGUGAUUCCCGCACAUCCGUGCGUCGUCCCUCCGUAGAACAUGUCGCUGGCGUGCCGACGUCAAAACGGCGACGGUACAAGUCGCAGUAUCCUCGCAAUUCCCCCGAGCGCCAUGUCGAGUAUAUCCUCGUCGCUUCCUUUCACAUUGACCGGGGUCCGAUCAUGGAGCAUCAGUAUCCCGCGCCCAUCAGUGGUGACGAGAGUAUGUUAGCCGAAUUGAUGCUGCCGGAUCAGACCCACGUUCGCAGCCAGGACUGGACAAUCUUCUUCCUCCAUAAAGAUACCAGCGCCGAUGAGGACGACGACUCCAUGACCGGUAGAACAAAGAAAAAGAAGAAAAAGAAGGCAGAACGGUCGCCUGGGGAUGGUGGUUCGGAUACUCCCGAUGAGGAGAACGACGAGCCGAGCGAGGAAGACGGGGAGAGCAGCGACGAGGAAGAAGGUGGUGAAGGACCGCCGUUAAUGUACGUGCUCAACCUUGUAAAUACGAAGCAAGAUAAUACAGUGAAACGCGGGGCGGUGGUGAAGGCCAUGGCGAUCUGUACUCGCCAUUCGUUUCUUCAUAUAUAUAAGCCUUUACUCCUUCUGGCGCUGGAGGACUACUUCAAAAAUCCUUACCCAGAAACUCUGGCGUCGCUCUACAACGCCGUGAACGACAUGGACCUUUCGUUGAUGCCUAAACUAUCCCUGCUAGAGCGACAGAUAUUGCAAUCGAGUAAUUCCAAAGACAUGUUCAUUGAAAAGUUCGAGCAGAUGGUGCAACAGCGGAUGGCCGACGAAGGGACACCGAACGACCUCGAUUCUCCGCCCUCUCCCAAGAGACCAGCACCGCCUCGGUACACGCUGCCCCGAGAUACCCAUGAAUAUGAAUCCCGAGUCGUCUAUAGCGACAUCCCCAUUCCAGUCAAGGUCCCAACCGUGAUCUGGCCCGAGAUCGUUGGCGAUUUCUCGCUCAUCAAACUCAUCCAAACUUUCUCCAUCCCUCAUACCACGACCCCUCAGCCGUUCCCUAUCCACCCACAUCUCACCACCAGCGGCAUUUAUACCCAUCCAAUUAUCGUUCUCGUGAACGCCAUGCUGACCCAGAAACGGGUGAUCUUCCUGGGUCACAACCGUCCCUCCGGGGAGGUCGCGGAGGCGGUGCUGGCCGCCUGUGCCAUCGCAUCGGGUGGAAUCCUCCGCGGAUUCACGAGGCAUGCCUUUCCCUACACCGAUCUGACGAAGAUCGAUGACCUAUUGAAAGUCCCGGGGUUCAUUGCGGGGGUGACGAAUCCCACGUUUGCGAACCAUCCCGAGUGGUGGGACCUCCUCUGCGAUCUCCCCACCGGCCGGAUGAAAAUCAGCAGUCAUAUUGAACCUGCGCCGGUCACCGAAGGACUGCUGUAUUUCCAGCAGCAAACUGCGGGGGGCCAUCAUCACCACGGGUCGAAUUCACAGUCCGACCCCACGGGUGACAAUCUGUUCAUUGAGGACGUGCAGCGCAGUAUCACCAAUCGAUACGGCGAAAAUGCCAUCCGAGCGAAAUGGCGUGCGUACAUCACCAAAUUCGCCCGCGUCGCGGCGGCUUUCGAGGAAACAGUUUAUGGAGCCUCCAAUCUGUACAUCAUCGGACCCAAUGAGGAACUGUCCCCUGAAAGCCCGAGUGGUUUGCAGGCCGAUCCCCUCGAUCCGACCACACUGCGCGGACACGGGUACGUAUGGCCCGAUGAGGGCUCCAAACAGCGGGAGUUGAUGGCCUCCGUGUCGAGAAUCGAAGGAUGGCGGACGACGCGGUCAUACUAUUCGUUUAUCCAGGAUAUUGCUGCCAUGUACUACCCUGCGCGCCCAAUCCAGAAACCCGACCUACACCACCACCACGAUCGACUGCGGGCGCUGAAGCUCUCGCCCCAGGAGGCUGGGGCCAUCUAUGUCUCCUUCGCUCACGCGGUUAAGGAUUAUGCGGGUAUCUGUCAGCUUCUCACCGUCACUCCCGAAAACCAAGCAGGACUCUUCUACCUGAGCAUGGGCAUGUUCCACCCCGACCAUGUUGUCCGCGAAGCGACCGUCGACCUUCUCGAGCGGAUUGCCGCUCACCCGGCGGGUCGACAUUUCUGGUCGCAGCUCAACCGGUUCGCCAAACUCGCCUUCUUCCGUAUCAAACGUGAGCGGGAUGCACAAAGUCCCGUCUCGCUGCCGGAGACGGGGACGACUGGGUUCGGGGAACCUCAAAGCCUGGUCGGAGUUGCUAUGGGCGGUAGCAUGCCGAGAGCGAUCUGA